AUGCCCUCUUCCCUUCCGUUAGAGAUUAAGCAGAGUAUCAUGACUCUUGCCACACGCACACGAUCUGCCGCUGCUAAUAAUCUCACUAUUUCCCAGGAGAUAUAUCCCUUCAUGGAACAAUUGGUUUAUAAAAAAAUCGUUCUUCACGGACAAGAGGAUGCAGGGCGAUUUUUAGAAUGCCUUUACCGGCGUCUACUGCCCGCCGACUUUGCUCAACGACAUGUCAAAGCCCUGUUCUUAGUUGGGUCGAUAGAGCCAUCAACUGUCAUAGCGAUCCUAUCCAUCUGCAGCUGUGUCACAUCACUCCGUCUUGUCCUUACCACUAAUGGAUUCGCGACCAAUGGAUCGUCUCUCUGGUGUACACUUGAUGUCCUCCCACUGAGGUCAUUAGUCCUCACCAUCCGUAUGCGGUUCGAAUCUUUCCUCGGCGCGUGUCAUACAUUCACAAAUCUCAGCCACCUCGAACUGAACGGUAAUCACUUUCUGGCCGAGCCACAGGAGAGACUGGACUCAAUUGCAUCCUUGACUCACCUCUGUGUUGUGCUCAGUCCGCACAUCGCUGAUCCCGAGGCGGUCACACGCCUUAUUUCCAAUCCACGCCUUCAGUUGCUUGCUUUUCGCGUGCAGGACAGGCAUGUUGAUGUUGAAGAGUUCCUAGAAGAACACGGCAUUUGCGAUGAUAGGAUCGUGCUCUUGCCUGCUGAACUCCCGGUGUGGGGUCAACUUGGCCAGGGUGAUAUGUUGAUUUGGGAGCUAGCAGAGGACCUGACAAAAUCUCCUUUACCUCAGAACCAAGGCCACCGAUGCUUAUCACCAAGCACGAUAAAGAAUGCAUACGCAGAGUACCUUGACAUUGCCAAGGUACCAGAAUUCAAUCAGUGCGCUAUUACGCGAAGACCUAGACGGCUUUGCAUCGUGAGACAUGUGCAAGGCCGUCGUGUCGUGUCACAUAUCAAGUUCUAUAUGUCGUGA